AUGAUGGACUGCAGGACGGGACUGCUGCUCUUAACUAUCUGCUGGGCAGGUGUUGACGGUCAGACUCUGACUGAGUCUAAACCUGUGAUUAAAAGGCCGGGAGAAUCCCACAGACUGACCUGUACAGCCUCAGGAUUCACAUUCAGUGACUACGAGAUGGGCUGGGUCAGACAGGCUCCUGGAAAAGGGCUGGAGUGGGUUGCACACAUUUAUACUGAUGGUAGCGGCUCUUUCUACUCUCAGUCAGUCCAAGGCUGGUUUACCAUCUCCAGAGACAACAGCAGACAGCAGGUGUAUCUGCAGAUGAACAGCCAGAAGACUGAAGACUCUGCUGUUUAUUAUUGCAGAAGGUGGUGUGACAACGCUUUUGACUACUGGGGGAAAGGCACAAUGGUCACUGUCACAUCAGACUCUUCAAGUCGACCCACUGUGUUUCCUCUGAUACCGUGUGGCUCUGAGAGCAGAGAGACGGUCACUGUUGGCUGCCUUGCCACCGGCUUUAACCCUUCUUCGGUGACUUUCUCAUGGACCAAAGGUGGCACUGCCUUGACCGAUUUCAUUCAGUACCCCGCAGUGCAGAAGGGCAACGUUUAUACUGGAGUCAGUCAAGUCCAAGUGAGGAGACAGGACUGGGGCGCAGGACAGAAUGUCCAAUGUGCUGUGACUCACGCAGCUGGGAAUGCACAGGCUUCUAUCAAUAACCCACCACCACCAACACCACCAUCUACACCCAAACCCACCACAAUUCCAGUUACAACUCCUGUUUCAACAGGACCAACUCCACCAAAAACCCCCAAAACUACAGUCCGGGAUGCAGAGACAACGAUGAGACUUCACUUGCUCUCAGAACAGCAGAUUCUCAGCCUUACAGACGAAGUCACUCUGGUGUGUCUGGUGACCAGUAGUGUGAAAAAGGAGUUCAAAUUUGAAUGGUCAGAAAUACAUGGAAAGAAGCAUAGCUCAUCCACUGAAGGCGUCGACUUCCCAGCAAAGCAGACCAAAAAUGACAAAAAAUGGCGAUCUAUGAGUCUUUACACCAUGACUAAGAAAGACUGGGAAAGUAAUCCGAAGAGACUGUUCAUUUGCAGCGUCCCGUCUGAAGGUCUUACAAAACAAACGUCUCGGGUCGAGGAAAAUUCCAUUGAAUAUAAUGUUUGUGAUCUGAGAGGCACAGAUGACAUCAAUGAAGAGGAUUUUAGCAGCCUGUGGUCCACAGCCUCCUCCUUCAUAUUCCUCUUCAUGUUCUCUCUCUUCUAUAGCAUAAUAAUCAGCCUGGUUAAGAUGAAGAAACCAUAAAGAACGGGAUGAAUCAGGGCAUCAUUUCCAAUCUGUUUUUAAAAUCUAUUUUUCAAUCUAUUUUUAUGUAUAUACAUCAUUUAUUUGUUAUAAUACCUGCCUGUCACGUAUAAGUACCAAAUCAACAAAUUUGUAAACUGUGGAAAAUAAAUAAAAAAAAUA